AUGUCUCGGCAGAUCAUUGCUUCGUCGCGGCUCCUGAAGAGUUUCCACGUCGCGACGCUCACUACCAGAUCUUAUAGCGGUCGAAAUCUGAUUCUGUCAAGACCGCUACAUCACAUAAGCAGUGUGCAGCAAAAAACGCCCAAAUUGGCGACCCCACAACUUGAUGAGUAUAGAGUGUAUUAUAAGCAGGUCCAAGACGCUAUAAAUGACGUUCCGGAAACAAUUGCGUCAAAAUCCACAGCCCUGAAUGCAUUGCACUCAAGACUAAAAUUACCAAAAGCUUUCCCCAAUUCAACUCUCGCAAGAUGUCUGACGUGUAGGUCCUCUCAGCUUUCUCCUACAAAUAACAACAGCGGGAAUUCAUCAGGAUCUGCAUUCACAAGUACGGUUCCCUCAAAUAAUUUCUGCGACAACCAUGGACUGAACAUCUUUGGCAAAAAUUUACUGACAUACCACGUCUCUCGUCAAAUAAUGGCACAAUAUCCGCGUCUACCUACUGUGGUGUUAAAUGCUGCAGUGGACGCUUACAUUUCACAUAACGUGCUGGCCAGCGUUGGCAAGUCUUGGGGUAUCGAACUCGAAAAUACCAGCGUUUUAGACAGAUAUCUCAAGGAAGAGCCCAUCCAGCUGACACUUGGAAGACUGAGGUUUUUCAAUAAUAGUUUGAAGCGUGAAGACGGAGUGGAAGUCAUCACCGGUCAAAAUUUCUCCGCGGAAGCAGCGUACGCCCUUGCCGUGAGAAGUAUUAUUGGCGCUCUUUGGGCUUACACCAACGAAACCAAUCCUGCAUUAGCGUUCAAGUUUAUUGACGAUCAUAUUCUGUCUCGUAAACUAGACGUGACCAAAAUAUUUCAAUUCGAACAUCCAACCAGGGAGCUUGCGGUCCUUUGUCGCCGUGAGGGGCUUGAAGCCCCAGUUUCAAAACUCUUGGCCGAGUCCGGGAGACAUUCCAAAGCUCCUGUAUUCAUAGUGGGCGUUUUUUCUGGCCUUGAAAAACUGGGUGAGGGUUUUGGAGCAUCUUUGAAAGAAGCCAAGGCCAGAGCUGCUACCGACGCAUUGACUAAAUGGUACUGCUAUGAGCCUGUCAAAGGCCAGCCUUCCGUGAUCGACCAUGGCGCAGUAAUCGUUUGA